AUGGAUAUUGUACCAUCUAUCCAACCAUUUUAUAUUUUGAAGCUACCUUUUAUUCCAUUGAAUAAUAUAAUCCUGAAUUGGUAUCCAUCGGAAAUACUCGAUUUUUCAUUUGCUUCAAAAAAAUGCCGAUUUAUUUUGAAAUCAAUGAAAUUUGUAGACUUUGAUAUGGGUUUGAGCUUACGACGUGAUCGAUAUCUUAUCAAAUUCCAUCAUCAAAGUGUUCAAUACUUUCACUUUCAUAUCGACAACUUGAAGAAAAGAAAUAAGUACAUGAAUGGAAAAGUUGGUUUGAAUGAUUAUUUGAACUUUAGAAGUGAAAUUUGUCUGAAAUGGGCCAAAGUGUGGAUGGACUACAUUUGUGAUUUAUUUCGAGCGAAACUCAGUUUUCUCUAUUUGAAUCCAGAAGGAACACCUCUGGAGAUGAAGACCGUUGCGGAAUGGAUGAACACACUUCACUCUAAAUUCAAAUUGUGUGACAUCUCUGGAGAUCACGCAAUCAGUUAUUAUAUCAAUGCAUUUUUUGAAACUGCUAAUUUUCCGAUCCGCCAUUUAAACUUUGAGCUUAGACAGAGAUAUCCUCUCUGGACCAUUAGUUGUUUCACUUCGAACUCGGAAGAGGUUAUGAUAACAACAAAAAAUUCAAAAAAUCCCGUCAAUUGGAUUAAUGUUGAUCAACUACUGACAUCUAAUUGUGUUGGGAUAAUGAUUGAAGCAUGCACCCUCAAUGAGACUGAUUUAAACCGAAUCAUCAGAGGGUGGAUAGAUGGAAAUAUUCCCAGAAUGGAGUUCUUCCAUGCGGCCGUGAAACCUCUCAAUUUUGAGUUACUACUCAAUGGAAUUGAGUUUGAAAAGAAGGAUCAAACGCUCAUUCGUUUUUUCAAAACAUCACUUGGGACAAAAGAAAUCGAAUUUAGAUUUGAGGGAGGAUACGACAUCCGAAGAAAUGAUGGCACAGUUGCCACACUCCAACAAGUAAACCAAUUCGCAGGACCACGUCUUAUGUUGAGAUUCAUAAAUCAAAGAACCUUUGAUGACCCUUUGGAAAAUGUCGUAGAGAACUUCGAGCCGGUCGUCGAAUUCGAUCAAAUCAGAAACAGCUCGUCGCCGAACUCGCCGAUUCUGGAGAAUGUUCCCCCGCCAAUUGAAAAUGAAAAUGUCAACAGAAAUGAAUCGGAGGAUUCAAAUCACGACGAUUCGUUUGAGGGCCAACCUGAUGACCAAUUGGGAAGAAUCGUUAAUAACUGGUUAUGGUUUGCGAGAAGGGAUCAAAACACAAAUCACCGGAACGUCCAUCUCACUGUCAUAAAAGUGUUCAUAAGAAGAGUUCAGAGCACUAUGCGUUUGAAUGAGAUAAACCACUGGGGAUGGAGUGAUUUGCAAAUUCGAGUGGCCGUUCUCAACAAAAUGUUAUCAGAUUGGAACAUCGAUUUCCCACUCGAAGGAAUCCUCCCACCACUUCCUCCAGGAGAAUGGACCGAUGAUCGUGAAGAAGGCUGGGAUUUCAGAAACGCGAAGCUUUUUCAAGAAAUCCGACAAGUUUAUAACGAUAAUCUUUAA